AUGCUGCUCCUCAGCAGCGUCCUCGUCCUUGCUGCGUCUGGCCUUGGUGUUCAAGCCAUAGGCCAGACCGCGUGCGUCUCCUUCGACCAGAACUCUACCAGCACGCAGUCGAAUUCUUCUACUAGCUUGUUUUCUCUCGUCUCCAGCGGCGAAGCGGCACCGAUCUUCCUUUCUUCCGACGAAUGGCCCGGUGUGCAACUCGCUGCGUCGACCUUUGCCUCGGAUGUUGAGAAAGUUACCGGAGCGUCUCCAUCAAUCACGAACUUCACCUCGAUCCUUUUUGCUAAUGGUACCGACGCGUCCACCACAAGCUCUCCUCCGAUUCUCGUCGGAACCCUGGGCAACUCUUCGCUCAUUGCUGCUGUGGUGAAUAACACGGGUCUGGAUGUAUCCUCGGUGGAGGGGAAAUGGGAAGCAUUCAUGACAGCGAUCGUGGACAACCCUUUACCUGGGUUGGACAAGGCGUAUGUGAUUAUCGGAGCGGACAAGAGGGGAACAAUAUUCGCCUUGUAUGACCAUUCAGAGCAGAUUGGAGUGUCACCGUGGUACUGGUGGGCAGACGUCCCCGUGACCGAGCAUAUCGAUAUUUUCGUCUCGCCAUCUGGUUGCUCUCAUGGCUCGCCUACAGUCAAGUACCGUGGAUUAUUCCUUAACGACGAAGCACCGGCCCUCACGAACUGGGCUGCGGAGAAGUUCACGAAUGGAACUGGGGCGGCGCUCACGGGCUCGCCGUUCAACCACUUUUUCUACACUCAUCUAUUCGAGUUACUGUUGAGGUUGAAGGCGAACUUCUUAUGGCCCGCAAUGUGGAGCAGCGCCUUUGGCGUGGAUGAUUCCCUCAAUCAAUUUUUGGCGGACUACUACGGAGUGGUCAUGGGCACCAGCCAUGAGGAGCCUAUGAUGCGGAGUAUUCCUGUGGAAUGGACCCUCUUCGGCAACGGUACUUGGGACUACGACACCAAUCAACAGAACGUGUAUAACUUUUGGGUCGAGGGGGCUGAGCGAGCAAGACCUUUCGAAGGAGUUUACACGGUUGGAAUGAGAGGCAACGGGGACUUGGCGCUUGGUGCAGACACAAAUGUGGCGCUACUCGAACAGAUUGUUUCGGACCAGCGAGGGAUCUUCCAGAAUGUGUUUGGCAACGCAACAGACGUGACGACGAUCCCACAGGCUUGGUGUCUUUACAAGGAGGUGCAAGGGUAUUAUGAGAGUGGAAUGACCGUACCCGAUGAUAUAACUCUUCUUUGGACGGAUGAUAACUGGGGCAACAUUCGUAGGUAUCCAAUCCCAUCCGAACGCAACAGGACAGGUGGCGCUGGAGUGUACUAUCAUUAUGACUACGUGGGAGAUCCGCGCGACUACAAAUGGAUCCAGAGCACUCAGAUCUCGAAGGUCUACGAACAAUUCUCCCUCGCAGUCGAUCGUCAGGCCACCCAAAUCUGGAUCCUCAACGUCGGCGACCUCAAGCCUUACGAGAUGCCCAUCGAGUUCUAUACCACCCUCGCCUAUGACUCGUCCAUCUUUAAUCUCAACAACCUUAAUGAUUUCGUCGCCGCUUGGGCUACGCGCGAGUUCGGGUUGGAUGCCGCGGAUGCGACGGAGGUGGCGAGCAUCAGUGCGAAUAUGACAAUGAUGUUGAGUAGGAUCAAGCCUGAGUUGUUGAAUGCGACGACGUUCAGUUUGGUCAGCUAUAGAGAGGCGGAGACGGUGCUCAGCGCAUGGGACACUCUCAACCAGUCCGCGUCUCGCAUCUACGAGAGUCUUUCGUCCGACAAGCAGCCCGCGUUCUUCCAGCUCCUUUAUCAUCCCGUCCAGGCAGGAUACACCCUUACCAACAUGUGGGUGGAUGCCGGUAUCAACAAUAUGAGGGCGAUGCAGGCUCGGACCAGCGCGAAUGAGUACGCGGAGAAGACCAUAGCUUUGUUCGAGGCUGACUAUGAUCUGGAGUUAUGGUACCAUGGUCUCCUGGACGGCAAAUGGGACCAAAUGAUGUCGCAGACGCAUACGUGGUAUCAAUACUGGCAGGAGCCGACGCAAAAUAUGAUGCCAGCUUUAAUGAGAGUAUCUACUCGGAAGCCUAAUAUCGCGGGGGCCAUGCGUAUCACACCAGAGGGUACUCUCGGGACCUGGCCGGGCGACAGUCCAUACCAAUGCACCCAAGGCUACAAUUGUCCCGCCCCUAGCAUCACUAUCACACCUUUCUCCCCCGUCUCCAACAAGUAUGUCGACGUCAGCAUGGGCGGAUCCAUCCCUUUCACCCUCAGCGUCACCUCGAACGUCUCCUGGGUCAAUAUCUCGAGCUUCGACGCCAGUCUGACCUCGGAUAAUACGGAACAGAGGGUGUUCUUGAGCGUGGACUGGGAUGCUAUUGGGGAGGGGAAUUCGAGUGCAGCUGCGGUGUCGUUUAAUGCUACGUUGCCGGAUGGUAUGCCUAGUUAUUUGAGCCCGACGAGCUACGUUGUGCUGUCGCUUGUGGCGAAUCGCACGAGUGUGUUAAGUGGAUUCUCAGGAUUUGUUGAGGGCGAUGGUGCGAUUGCAAUCGAGGCAGCCCAUGCGACGCGGAAUACGAGCGUUGGAGAAGUAGCAUGGGCCGAGAUCCCGAACUACGGGAGGACAUUGUCUGGAAUGACUCCCUGGCCUCGUCUUGGGAACAAUGAGACGAACUAUACUGCGGGUGCUGGACCAAGCUUAGAGUACGACUUCUACAAUUUCAACACCAUCGAUGAAUCUGGCAAUAUCACCGUCACGAUCAACAUGUCUCCUUCCCUCAACGCAAACGGCGACGACAGGCCCCUUGCCAUCGCCGUGCAAGUCGACUCAUCGACGCCACAGACCUCCUAUUUCAUCCCCGCCGCCGAUCCAGGAGAUGAACCAGAUGCGUGGGGCGAUUGGGUCGCGAACGGGACCGUUCCUGUUACUGGGAACUUUACGGCUUGGCCUGGAGCGCAUACGUUGACGUUGUGGAUGAUUGAGCCUGCUGUCGUGGUACAGAAAGUUGUCAUCGAUACCGGUGGUCUCCAGCAAAGUUUCCUUGGGCCGCCCGAAAGUAUUAAAGUAUGA